AUGUUUAGAUCCACUUCUGUAGUACGUACCCGUUCUUCUAUCUCUACUAUCUUAAAGAGAUCCUAUUCUUCUCAUAAAGAAUUGAAAUUCGGUGUAGAAGGUAGAGCUGCUCUACUAAGAGGUGUAGAAAUUUUGGCUGAAGCUGUUUCCGCCACUUUAGGUCCAAAAGGUAGAAACGUAUUGAUCGAACAACCUUUUGGUGCUCCAAAAAUUACUAAAGACGGUGUAACAGUAGCUAAAUCCAUUGUUCUAGAAGAUAAAUUCGAAAAUAUGGGCGCUAAAUUAUUACAAGAAGUUGCCUCAAAGACAAACGAAGCUGCUGGUGAUGGUACUACUUCCGCUACAGUUUUGGGUAGAGCAAUCUUUAGCGAAUCUGUUAAAAACGUCGCUGCUGGUUGUAACCCAAUGGAUUUGAGAAGAGGUUCUCAAGCUGCUGUAGAAAAAGUCAUUCAAUUCUUGAGUGCUAACAAAAAGGAAAUUACCACUUCUGAAGAAAUUGCCCAAGUUGCCACUAUCUCAGCUAAUGGUGACGCUCAUGUAGGUAAGUUAUUGGCCUCUGCCAUGGAAAAAGUCGGUAAAGAAGGUGUAAUCACCAUUAGAGAAGGUAGAACCUUAGAAGACGAAUUGGAAGUCACUGAAGGUAUGAAAUUCGAUCGUGGUUUCAUUUCUCCUUACUUUAUCACUGAUCCAAAAUCUGGUAAAGUAGAAUUCGAAAAACCUUUGAUCUUAUUAAGCGAAAAGAAAAUUUCCUCCAUUCAAGAUAUUCUACCUUCUUUGGAAAUCUCAAAUCAAACUAGAAGACCUUUAUUGAUUGUGGCAGAAGAUAUCGAUGGCGAAGCUUUGGCUGCCUGUAUAUUAAACAAAUUGAGAGGCCAAGUUAAAGUUUGUGCAGUUAAAGCCCCAGGUUUUGGUGAUAACAGAAAAAACACUUUAGGCGAUAUUGCAAUUUUAACUGGCGGUACCGUCUUUACUGAAGAACUAGAUUUGAAACCAGAAAAUGCUACCGUAGAAAACUUGGGCUCCUGUGAUUCUAUAACUAUUACCAAGGAAGAUACCGUCAUCUUAAAUGGUAACGGUCCUAAAUCAAACAUUGAAACUAGAAUUGAACAAAUUAAAAACUCAAUUGAUAUGACUACUACUAACUCCUACGAAAAGGAAAAAUUACAAGAACGUUUAGCUAAAUUGAGUGGUGGUGUUGCUGUUAUUAGAGUUGGUGGUUCAUCUGAAGUAGAAGUAGGUGAAAAGAAAGACCGUUAUGAUGAUGCUCUGAACGCUACAAGGGCUGCUGUUGAAGAAGGUAUUUUGCCAGGUGGUGGUACUGCUCUAGUCAAAGCUUCAAGAGUCUUGGAUGAUGUGAAAGUUGAAAACUUUGACCAAAAAUUAGGUGUUGACAUCAUUAGAAAGGCAAUCACUAGACCAGCAAAACAAAUUAUUGAAAAUGCUGGUGAAGAAGGUUCUGUAAUUGUUGGUAAAUUAAUUGAUGAAUUUGGUGAAGAUUUCGCUAAGGGUUAUGAUUCUUCAAAGGGUCAAUACACUGAUAUGUUAGCUGCUGGUAUCAUCGAUCCAUUUAAAGUCGUCAGAACAGGUUUAACUGAUGCUUCUGGUGUCGCUUCAUUAUUGGCUACAACUGAAGUUGCCAUUGUAGAUUCUCCACAACCACCUGCUGCCGGAGGUGCUCCACAAGGUAUGCCAGGUAUGCCAGGUAUGAUGUAA